GUGGUAUAUGACUAAAGUGUCACAAUGAAACCCAUAAUUAUUAUUUCGGUCGCUUUAUUUGCACUUUUCGGCAAAGGAAUACAAACAAGAGUUAUUACUAAACAACCAGAUGGAAUAAUAGACACUAUCGGGGCGAAAAAUUUUACUGGAACAAAGGAUACUUUCGGGCAAACAGAUCGUAUUGAAACAAUACACACGAUUUGGUCAAAAGAUCCUACUGCAAGAAAAGACACUGUAGGGCAAAGAGGUUUUAUUGGAAAAGCGGACUCUACAGGAUCAAGAGAGCCGACAGAUCCAACCGAGCCGACAGACCCAACCGAGCCGACAGACCCGACCGAGCCGACAGAUCCGACCGAGCCCACAGAUCCAACCGAGCCGACAGAUCCAACAGAUCCAACCGAGCCGACAAAUCCAACCGAGCCGACAGAUCCCACCGAGCCGACAGAUCCAACCGAGCCGACAGAUCCAACCGAGCCGACAGAUCCGACCGAGCCCACAGAUCCAACCGAGCCGACAGAUCCAACAGAUCCAACCGAGCCGACAAAUCCAACCGAGCCGACAGAUCCCACCGAGCCGACAGAUCCAACCGAGCCGACAGAUCCAACCGAGCCGACAGAUCCGACCGAGCCCACAGAUCCAACCGAGCCGACAGAUCCAACAGAUCCAACCGAGCCGACAAAUCCAACCGAGCCGACAGAUCCCACCGAGCCGACAGAUCCAACCGAGCCGACAGAUCCAACCGAGCCGACAGAUCCGACCGAGCCCACAGAUCCAACCGAGCCGACAGAUCCAACAGAUCCAACCGAGCCGACAAAUCCAACCGAGCCGACAGAUCCCACCGAGCCGACAGAUCCAACCGAGCCGACAGAUCCAACCGAGCCGACAGAUCCGACCGAGCCCACAGAUCCAACCGAGCCGACAGAUCCAACAGAUCCAACCGAGCCGACAAAUCCAACCGAGCCGACAGAUCCCACCGAGCCGACAGAUCCAACCGAGCCGACAGAUCCAACCGAGCCGACAGAUCCGACCGAGCCCACAGAUCCAACCGAGCCGACAGAUCCAACAGAUCCAACCGAGCCGACAAAUCCAACCGAGCCGACAGAUCCCACCGAGCCGACAGAUCCAACCGAGCCGACAGAUCCAACCGAGCCGACAGAUCCGACCGAGCCCACAGAUCCAACCGAGCCGACAGAUCCAACAGAUCCAACCGAGCCGACAAAUCCAACCGAGCCGACAGAUCCCACCGAGCCGACAGAUCCAACCGAGCCGACAGAUCCAACCGAGCCGACAGAUCCGACCGAGCCCACAGAUCCAACCGAGCCGACAGAUCCAACAGAUCCAACCGAGCCGACAAAUCCAACCGAGCCGACAGAUCCCACCGAGCCGACAGAUCCAACCGAGCCGACAGAUCCAACCGAGCCGACAGAUCCGACCGAGCCCACAGAUCCAACCGAGCCGACAGAUCCAACAGAUCCAACCGAGCCGACAAAUCCAACCGAGCCGACAGAUCCCACCGAGCCGACAGAUCCAACCGAGCCGACAGAUCCAACCGAGCCGACAGAUCCCACCGAGCCGACAGAUCCAACAGAUCCAACCGAGCCGACAAAUCCAACCGAGCCGACAGAUCCCACCGAGCUCACAGAUCCAACCGAGCCGACAGAUCCAACCGAACCAACAACUCCAACUCCAGCAGCUAUUAAAUGUUACGUGUGUGAAAUGUUGAGUAAUCCGUGCUCAAAUGGUUAUUUUAAAGACAACACAAAAACCUGCGGAGAAGAAACCAGUACUACGGUAGUAACAACUACGAGAGAGGAUGAUCCUGAAUACAAAUGUUACACUCAGAUAAGUGAUGAAGGUAUAUUAAGAGGAUGUAAGAAAAAGGCUGAUUUUAAGGCAUGUGAAGAGGAUGAGAACUGCGAAUUGUGCUCUUAUGAUUUAUGCAAUUCUGGAAUUGUAACAUCAGGAACGGUAAUCAUGACGGCGCUCUUAGGACUUUCUCUAUACUUUGUUAGCUAAUUAAUACUUAGAAUAAUUAAUUUUUAUGUCUUGCACAUUGUUAUUAUUUCAA